AUGUCUCGUUCAUUCUCAAGGUAUGAUCACGUCACACCUACUACGGAUCCUGGGCGCAUUUUCACUGUCUUCUUUGGCCUCAUUGGUAUUCCCCUUAUGUUUAUCACUGCUGCAGAUAUAGGCAAAUUUUUGUCGGAAAUAGUUAUCAGGUCAUAUGCCAAGCUGCUGCAAUUUUGGCACUUCGUCGCAUCAGUCGUCGAGUUGAUGCGAACAAAUAUGUUCAACGGUGAUGUUGACUCCGUGGAUUCCUUGCAACUAAAGAAGAAGCGACGAAAAUCCGAUGAAGAGACGUCCGAAGACGAUGAAGAUCGUUUGCAGUUGCCUAUAGCUUCAUAUUUUGCUCUUAUCAUAGGUUAUUGUUGCAUUGGGAGUUUCCUCUUUAACUCAUUCGAAAAGGGACCUAUUUGGUCUUUCAUUCAUGGUCUAUUUUUUUCCUUUAAUACAAUCACUACUAUUGGACUUGGCAACAUCUACGUCAAAAGCCACCUCUACCUAGCUGUAGCAAGUACAGUCAAGUCAGAUGAUACUCCGCAAUUUCGAUUCGGAAGCACGCAAGUGGUACCUUCAUUAGCUCAUAUGUCGAGGAAUUUACUGGAUGUCAUGCAUUUUGUGAGCAACCAACUAUGCAACUAUGUAACGAGUCAUGUUGCUUUGAUUUGA